AUGCCUCAGCUGCUGAGAGAUGUCCUCUGUGUAAUUGACACAUUCCACAAGUACGCCAGGGAAGACAGCAAUGAGGCGACGCUGACUUACAGAGAGCUGAAACAGCUCAUCCAGGGCGAGUUUGGAGACAUUCUGCAGUCCAGCAUCAUUCGUGCUGUAGAGAGAAACUUGAACCUUCUGAAUAUUGACAGCGAUGGUACCAUCAGUUUUGAUGAAUUUGUUCUUACCAUCUUCAACCUGUUGAACCGCUGUUAUCUCAACAUACAAUCAUUGCUAAAUUCAGAACCAAGACAAGUGUCUAAAUCAGGGAAGCCAAAUAAUGUGGAUCUUCAGGCAAGCAGCAGGGCUGGCCAACCGGCAGAAAGCACCCCAACAACUCAAGAUCAAACAGUGUUUUCUUCAAAAACAGCAUCCUCCACUGAGCUCAGCCCUGAGGAAAGAGGAGCAGGUAGACACAAUAGUCUGGAUCCACAUGGAGACACCAAGACUUGCAAGCAGCUGAGAGGAACAUCUGGGUAUAAGGACCCUAAAAAUCAACACUUAGAAAGAGAUGGACAGAGCCAGGAAGAUGCACUAUCGACAGGAGACAACAGGGUCCAACUUGAGACAAAUAAGCCAAUGGCAGUAUCAGGACAGACUGGCAGUUCCACAAAGCAGGAGAGACAGAAUAAAGAAAUUCCCAGGGAGGGAGAUGAGCCAACCAGGGAGCAGAGUGGUGCUGAGACAAAGGAGAAGUUUGGAAAACAAAGUUCUCAAGCAGAAGAAACAGUGCAGGGACCACGUAAGGACCAGGCAGCUACAGCAGGAAAGGAUACUGAGGGACACUCUGAAGCCCAAGGAGUGCAGGGGAAAGAUGAACACAGUUCAGAACUUGCUGACUUGCCAGAACAAACGGCCACUCAGAAUCCACUCCAGACACAGAAAUCAACUGUUCCUGAUGAUGAGAGUGGGACAGCUGAGAUGCACGAAGCAAAAAAGGAUGCUGACAAGAGCCCUCCUGAAACAAAGGAUCCAACCGAACCUGAGCAUGACGGCAAAGCAUCUGAAUCCCAAGAACCCCCAGCACAAGAAAAAAAACAGGAUCUGCUAGUCCAUCAUGAUAGCAGAAACAUUUCGGAAAUGCCCCAUGUUAGCACAGAAGGGAAAGAAGGGAAAGAUAUUGAGGGUCAUGAAACAAGAGGACAGAAAGAAAGUGAGAGAAAAACUCAACUACCAGCCCUAGAAGACCAAACACAGGAUGAGAAGUGCCAGGAACUCCGGGAAUCAUCAAAAGGGAGAGAUGCCAAGAAAAUCUCUAAGAUACAAGAGUUGAGCUCACCAGGCAGUGACGAGAAUCAUCCUGAAAUCGAAGGAGAAAAGGAAGAACAUGCUAAGGAAAGCGCUACAGAAGCACCUGUGAGCAGCGAAAGCGCCCCUGCAGAAGAGACACCAGGAGCAGGAGAAAGGGGGCAGGAGUUGGCACUCCCUGAGAACCAGGCAACAGGGGAAAACAAGGACACAAAUGCUCAGGACAAGCUGAUGGAGGACCAUGAUGACCAGGGACACAGCCCCAAGCCAACAGUCACCCAGAAUGAAGGGUCUUCAAAAAACUCCAAUAGUCUGACUCCAAAGGAAGGUAACAGAAGCUCAGAGACAAGUGACUCACCUGGAGAAGGGAAUUCCCAGAGUCAAGCAGACCUACUCAGAGAGACUGUGCAAGGAAGUCAGAAUAAUAACCCAGACACCCAGAACCAGGUAGUAGCAGGUGAGAAAAACAGAACUCAGGAGGCAGUGGUGCCGGCGGUCAGAGGAGAGAAUGCACAACAUGUAGAGGGAGAGAAACAGCCUGCUGAAGGAGACCACCAGGGGCAGGGCUCCCGGACCCAAGGCCCAGACCCAACUGAGGAGCCCAGUGAACACCCAGAGACACAGACAUCCACAGCAGGAGAUGAAAACAGAGAGCCCCUGAAGACAGAGUUGCCAGGGCUGCAGGCUGCAGACCCCACUGAACAGCUCUCCAUAACACUGCUCCUUGCAAAGGGAGACAGCAGAAAAGAAAAGGAAACUGGAGCAUCAGAGACCCAGGAGGCUCAGGUACAAAGCCUGGGAGAGGAUAAUUCAGCCCCUCCUGAGACAUAUGGUGAAGCAAAGGAAACUGCAACAUCAGCAGAAGAGGAUGAACGCCCCCUAGAGCUGGCCGGAGAAGGUGAAGACCAAUCAAACCCAGCCAAGAAAGGGUAUGAUUCUUCAGUCUCCCAGCCAGGCCUUAAAGAGAGGAGUCAGAAAGCCCAGGAGCUGCGUCCUGUGGAGAGAAGUGCAAUCUAUCCCAACCCACUGUACACGUACCUGCAGGAGAAGAUUCUGCAGCAAACAGACACAACUCAAGAGGAGCAGCAGAAACAAGCUCAGACAGUCAGGGCAUCGAGUCCAGAGCUCGGCAACGAGCCUCCAGUUGCCUCCCUUACCCAUGACAGCCAAGGUUUACAACAGUGCACCAGGGAACUUCUGCCUGAUGAGGACCCUGUUGGCCCACAGCAAAUAUCUGUUCUCCAGGCCUUGGGAGAUGAGAAGGAUGGCGGGCAGAGAGAGGAGGAGCCAGCGCCACACAGGGAGACAAGCACCACGAAGCAAUGA